AUGCUUGCGCAGAUUGGCUGGGAGGUGCUUUCGGUUGGGCGUGUGGGGUGGGCAUUGGGGGUGUUGCUGUUGGGAUUGUCGUUUGUCUACGCCGUCUACAACCGAUUUUUCCAUCCUCUUCGUCGGAUCCCGGGGCCCUUUCUUGCCUCGCUCACUCCCUGGGUCCAACUCUAUCAUGGCCUCCAAGGAAACCGACAUCUGUGGCUCUAUGCUCUUCAUGAGCAAUACGGCUCCCAUGUCCGGGUCGCCCCCAACUUCGUCUCCGUAAAUACUGCCCAAGGCCUGCAUGAUAUUUACGGGCAUGGCAAACGACUUAAGAAGGCCGACUUCUACAAUGCCUUCCCCGCCAUCAAGGGCGUGUAUAACACCCACAAUGCUAUCGAUAAGGUCAUGCAUGGUCGGAAACGUCGUGUCCUGAGCCAGGCCUUCUCCGAUCAUGCGCUGCAAAGUAUGGAAGACGUGAUGCUGUUGCAUGUCCGCCAGCUGUGCGCCGGCCUAGCACAUCCUCAGAAGACUGGCCAGGUGCAGGACAUGGGUCGGUGGUUCAGCUACCUCACUUAUGAUGUGAUGGGGGAGCUGUGCUUCGGAAAGAGCUUCGACAUGUUGAUUGAAAGUAGUCGACGACGACUGAUUGAACUGGUCGAUCGGGCUGCGAACCGGCACUAUGUUUGCGGGCUUUGGAUGCCCUUAGACCGAUGGCACCUGGACCAGAUCUUCAUCCACCGACUGACCAACGACCGUUGGAACUUCAUCAUGAACUCGCGCGUGGAGGCGAACAAGCGUGCCCAGGAACGUGCGCAGGCCGGCCGCGACGCCAAAAAGGACUUCUUCUAUUACCUGCUUAACGCACGGGAUCCCGAAACGGGCCAGGGUUUGACGACACCGGAGCUCUGGGGCGAGGCGAAUGUGCUGAUGAUCGCGGGGAGUGAUACGACGUCGACGACGCUGGCGGCGGCGAUCUUCUAUCUGGUGCGCACGCCGCACGCGAUGGCGAAGCUGAAGAAGGAGAUUCGGGAGAAUUUCGCGUCCGUAGAGGAUAUCGUGACGGGGAGUAAGUUGAACGAGAUGGUGUAUUUGAAGGCAUGCCUGGACGAGGCGCUCCGCCUGGCGCCGGCUGUGCCGGGGGUGCCUCCGCGCGAGGUGAUGGCGGGCGGAGCCUUGGUCGACGGGGUCUUUCUGCCGGCCGGCACCGAUUGUGGGACGCCGACGUACUCGAUCCACCGCCAGGCUUCUUAUUACCGGCUCCCCGGAGCCUUUCUGCCCGAACGGUGGAUCGAAGGGGCGAUCUGCCAAACGGGCUUGGAGUCCUGGCAAACUACACGCGAGGACGUCGAGGUGGCGCGUCGAGCAUUCUGUCCGUUUAGCAUUGGGCCGCGGGGAUGUAUCGGCAAGAGCAUGGCGUUCAUGGAGAUGCGUUUGACAAUUGCGCGGGUGCUGUUCCGGUUUGAUCUCGAGCUGGCCGAUCGUCGGGGCGAGGAUGAGAGCGGGCAUUUCGCCUUGGUUGACCACUUUACCAGUGCAAAGGAGGGACCCGAUGUGCUGGUGCGAGCUGCUUAGUUUCUUCCCUUGAUACUGUUCAUAGGUAUUAUUACUACUCAUCCCGUUGAAAUCUUGUAGAGAAAAGUACAAGUCGAAUACCAAAG